AUGCUGUCUUGCUCUGGCAAUGUCCGUCACAUAAAGGACGGAAGUUCAGCAAGGAUUCAUCAGGGUCGCAGGGCGGUGCGCCGAGGACCAAUUCGCACAAGUCUACAACCACAGCUCCAAGGCAACAACCCCCCCUCAGCCUCCAGUGGAGCCAACUUAAGAACCCCUUCCGCUCGUCUCUUUAAACGAAUUGAAAGGUACUCCAACAUCAAUCUAUUAAGGGAUCCUUCAAAACCUAGUUUUUCCAGAUACCAACAGAAAGACUGA